AUGAAGAUUGCAUUGGGAGGUGCAACAGGGAUUUUCUAUUUGCACCAUGAUUGUUCUCAACCUGUUAUUCAGAGCAGCGUCUUGUUUGAUGAAGAUUAUGAAGCAAAAAUUGUUACACAUGGUUAUAUUGCUCCAGUUUCCUAG